AUGGAUGGUAACAAAGACGAAGCUGUCAAGUGUUUGAAGAUCGCCAAAGACUCCAUUAGAUCGGGCGACAGAACCCGUGCUCAGAAAUUUCUUAACAAAGCUCGCAGGUUGGACCCAUCUAUCGAUACUGAUGUUCUACUCUCAGAUCUCGACUCGAACAAUGAAACCCCCGAGGAUAAUCGCGUUCAUCGCCGCAAGGUUCCGACUCCGGCGACCGGACCGUCGUCCUCCUCCUCAUCGGCAGGCUACACCGAAGAACAAGUUGCUGUCGUGAAGGCCAUUAAGAGGAAGAAAGACUAUUACGAGAUUUUGGGGCUAGAAAAGAGCUGUAGCGCCGAAGAUAUUCGCAAGGCCUACCGGAAAAUAUCUCUUAAGGUCCAUCCCGACAAAAACCAAGCGCCUGGUGCGGAGGAGGCAUUUAAGAUGGUGUCCAAGGCGUUUCAAUGCUUGAGUGAUGCAGACAAUCGGAAAAGGUAUAAUCUUGUGGGCACAGAAGAGCCUGUGUACGAGAGGCGGGGAAGUGGAAGUGCAAACGGGAUGCGGGGGUUUAAUGGAUUCCAUAAUGGGGAUGUAGAUGCCGAGGAGAUUUUCAGGAAUUUCUUUUUCGGGGGAAUGCAUCCGGCCGCCACAGGAAAUUUCGGGGGAUUUUCGUUUGGGCCGGGUGUUAGGGUUAGGACAGGUGGAGUUGAUCAGGGUUCAAAUUGGCUGAGGAUUUUGAUCCAGUUACUACCGGUGAUAUUGCUGGUGUUGGUGAACUUCCUGCCCUCGUCCGAGCCGGUUUAUUCUCUUACUCUGUCUUAUGGUUAUGACGCCAGGUUUAUUACGCCCAAAGGCGUGACUUACUACGUUAAGUCUGCCAAGUUUGACCAGCAAUAUCCUUGGAAUAGUCCGGAACGCCUUGCCAUCGAACAACAGGUGGAGAAUGACUAUCACUCAGUUCUUGUGCAUAACUGCAGGCUUGAAUGGCAACAAAAGAACUGGGGCUACAGGCGUUCCACGCCCAAUUGUGAUGCACUCAAGCAAUUUGAGGCAAAAGUUCAGUAA